AUGGAGAGCCUCGAGAGCCAAGUCAGCGAAUUCCGGUAUUUGACUCAGAAUGCACCGCUUGGAGACACAUCUCAAACCUACAGCUCCCCUGAUUCCGCGGCUGGAAACAAUUCCGCGCAGCGACAUGCCUCUUUGUCCUCGGGACCAGCGGACCAUGGUACUGCCAACGCAAAACGAAAGAGUGACGACGACGCGGCCCAGAAGCAGCAGCGCAGUAAGCGGAAUCGGUACAUUUCCAUAGCUUGCAACGAAUGCAAACGACGCAAGAUCAAGUGCAAUGGCGAAACGCCGUGCCAAAGAUGCGGCAACCUCAACCUACAAUGUCUCUACGCGCCCAAUUGCUGCUCCAACAGCGUCAAGGACUCGGAAGAGUUCAAGCAGAUGAGCAACAAGGUCACCCGUCUGCAAGAGCAGGUCGAGACUCUGUUUAGUAACAUGAAUGCUCUUCGAUCCGAGACGCUGCGACUGGUGCCCACACUAGACCGAGCACUCCCAUUGCCAUCGGCCGCGAGCUCGGGAACACCCUCGUCGUCGGUCUCCAUUCCAUCGACCCAACGACCCGACCUAGCCCCUCUCCGUCAGCCUGGCUUUCGAGGACCGACUAGCACUCACUUCACCCUUGACGUUGCCAAGAACACUCUGCACAAGAUGGGCUACAGCAAUAUCAAUGAUGCGUUCGAGGAGAACGUUGGUACACCAGAUGACCGUCCUGCUCUAUCCCCGAUGUUCGAUCCACAGGUCGCCGACUACCGACAGAGGCAACCUCGGGACCCGAUCUGGGAGUUCGAUAAGGACGAAAUGAUUCGUCUCUGCCGGCUGCAUGAAGAGGAAAUCGGCAUCAUGUAUCCGGUUGUUCAUAUUGAGAGUGUGGUAAACCAUGCCAAAACUCUCGGCUCGUGGUUGGAGGCAGCCAAGAAAAACUUGCUGAAUGGGCAAGGCCCAGCGUUUGAUCAGGACGGUGGCAUAACAGACACGAAGACCUUGCUUCUCAAGACGGUCAUGAGCUGUGCUUUGGUGAUUGAGGAACAUGGUCACAGCGACAGGGCUACUGGACUCAUGGAAAGUGUGCUGCAAACAACCGGCAAGAUGCUGAUGAAUGACGAGCCUGAUGUAGCUAAUAUGCCUCUACUGGCUCUUGUGGCAGGUUACCGAUUCUUGUGCAGCGACGAAAUCUUGGCUUGGCGACUUAUGGGUCAGGUCGCUCGCCAGUGUAUCGAGCUUGGUCUUCACCGACGUAAUACCAUUAUGCAAAUAGCAGAUGAAGAGGAGCGGAGAAAUGCAAUUGUUACGUUCUGGAGUGCCUAUGUCAUUGACAGGCGAUGGUCUUUUGCCACGGGUCUACCAUAUGUUGUGCCAGACGGAGAGGUGGACCCCGACCUACCGUACCCCGACUCGCUUCCUUAUUUGGUCGCAAUGAUCAGCUUCUCUCAGUUAUGCGCAAAGGUUUGGCGACUAAUCAGACGAUUUGAGCCCAACGCGGCGAUGGACCUGCAAGCAAACGACAUCGAGGAUGUUGAUCAACAGAUCAAGCAAUGGUAUACCGCGAUGCCAGCAGAUAAUCAACUUGAGCUCGCGGAUUGGGACUCGAUGCCGGAAUACCUCGUUCCCAGCCCGCACUCGCAAAAAGAAUAUGACAUCCACAGGUUACAGAUCUGGACGUAUCUGCGAAUAAAUCAGAUACGCAUUUGGCUCCACACUCCUAUUUUGCACACACACAGCAGCAUCAUGGAGAACCUGCCCCAAGCAGAACGAGUGGUGAAGCUUGCUCGGAACACCAUCAAGUACCUUCGACAUCUGAACAAUACAACGAACAUUUACCGGAAAAGCCAAGUGUUCUACCAUCAGUUCUUGACAUCUGCCAUCGCCGUCCUGUUCCUGGCGUCUUGCCAUGCCCCGGUUAACUUCAGUUCGUCUUGUCGUGACGAAUUUUAUAUGGCGCUUGAGCUUGUCAAGGACCUGUCGUCCAAGUCAUGGGUUUCGCAGCGUCUUUGGCGCACCAUCAAGUCACUCAAGGAAGUCGCGCCACGUCUGGGCCUUGCCGAGGACCCUCACUCAAACGCUGCAUUGACGAUGGCGGGUUUGGCGACGGGACACAUGGGUCCGACCCCGACGCCUCCUCCCGGCCCCCCUAGCUUCAGUCGGCCCCCUCGGUCUGUUGCCGGUACCCCAGUCCAGCCAGGUGACGGGGCGCGUAAUGGUCUACAGAUCUCGACAGAGAUGUCGAAGAUUUUUGAAGGUUACGUGGGCCUGAAUGGGUUUGACGACAUGACGCCUGCGACUAUGCAGACUAUGGAUGAUUAUGUGGCUGUCGGUUCGGGGAGUGUGUAUCAGCACUUUACGGAGAUGUUCUGA